AUUGCCAGUUUGUGUGCAGUCAAGCCUUCCGUGUUAUAAAUACAGAGGAUGACUCGGGUGGAAUUGUCUGCCAUACUGAUUAGUUUAUUACAAUACCGGCACUGACACUUCCCGGUAUAUAUUUAGUAGAACGCGUAGUGACAUGGAUAUUUCGUAUGUUGAACAUUGAGGGACGGUAUAUAUGGGCGCUUCUACGUCAACUUCAGAAGAUAGUGAUAAGCAUUUGAUACAGAAAGUUAAAAUCGCUUUAGUAGGUACCUACGCUGUUGGAAAAACAUCAAUAAUAACACGAUACAUCAGAGAUACGUUCACUUCAGACUAUAUUUAUACACGAGGAGGAAGCAUAAAUAGGAAGUUGAUAACUGUUCAUGGAUAUAAACUUCAGAUAGAGCUGAUAGAUACAGGAGGGCAGAAGUAUCAGAAGGAAAUUGCCCCUACUUUGUAUAAGAUAGCACACGGUAUCUUACUUGUCCACGAUAUAUCAAAACCCCAAAGCUUUGAGCAUGUGGAGGAAUGGCUAACGGGAAUUCGACAGAACACUCUUGGUGAUCCCGUAAUAAUGCUCAUCGGCAAUAAAAACGACUUGGAUCCGCAGGUCAAAUCUGAUUAUCCUUCCACAGAAUCCACGAAUCUCACAACAGGACUAUCUCGUGUUCCGUAUGAACAAUGCCAAAAGAAGGUACAGGAGGAGGGUCUCCUUCCAUUUUACAGCGAGGUCAGCGCCAAGACCGGCAUUAACAUAGACCCUGUGUUUGAGUUGCUGGUCAAAGAAAUUCUCCAUAAACAACACAGUCUUCUUGGCACUAUCUGGGAGCCUGAUCUAGGAAAGGACGAAGUCGACAAAGGGAGACCUAAUGAUAAAAAUCCGUCACACAAACGCCUCACCUGUACGAUUUUAUAGCAGUAUAUGGAAAAUAUAACGCCGCACAAUGCAAGCCCGGGUCAAAAUGUUCUAAACUGUUAAAAUUUGUAAAACUGGGUUGUUAUUGUUGUCGUUGGUUGUUGUUGUUGUUUGUGUGUGUGUGUGGGUGUGGGUGUGCGCGUGCAAGAUUUGUAGCAUUGUAUUCCUAUACAAUAGUUACAUGUGUAUGUAAUGGAUAGAUGUACAAUGUACAUACUUGAAUUGAUAAUAACUUGGCUGUUAUUGUAAAACAUCUUUACAGUAAAUAAUUAUCCUUAUCACCUUUGUUGUAGAGUAUCUGUAUCUGGUGGCAUAUAUGUAGAAAUUGACACCUGGAACUCCUCUACUUUUAUCAUGAUAACAAAGCAAGGACUAGUGCUUAGUAGCUUAGCAAAAUGUUUACAGGGAGCAGAGAGGAGGGGUCCGAGACACUCCCUGAGGAAUCUAAGCUUUGUUAUAACUUUGUAUGAGAGACCGAAAUAAAAUUAGAAUCCUGAG